UUAGAUAUAGAUAAGGAUGGAACGACUUAUGAUAAGAGGCUAUUUAUUAUGGCAAGCAAACCCUGGAGUGUUGCAUAAAGACAACAGUUUAACCUCAUAGGCGAUACCGAGGAGACUGCCUUGCUUUUCGCUCUUUACCUACGAAGCAACAUUCGAGAAAGAAGAAAGGAGAGGAAACGCCACCGCAACGAACCCCACAGAGCCAAGAUGAAGGCGCCCUCGGGAGGCAAACAGAUCACGAAGGCCUGGCUGGAGUUCAUGCUGGCCGACUUCGAGGGCAAGGAGCGGCCCGGCACGAAGGUCUCCGUCGUUGAUUUCACCGUCAGUCAAGGAAUUCCUCCCGGGGAAGGGUUUAAUUCGGAACUAGUGCUAGUGGACAUCACGGCAGAGAUCGCGAGCGGGCAAGGAGAGGCCCAGGAGAAAAUAUACCACCUUGCCGCCAAGUUCCUCCACGCCGACCCCUUCUCCGCUGAAAUGAACAAGAGGUUCCAGAGCCACAUCAAAGAGUUUCUCAUGUACUCGGAGGUGGUACACGAGCUCAACGCUUUCCUGGCUGCCAGGGUGCCGGAGGCGUCACCGAUUUGUAUCCCGAAGAUGAUUUACGGAAAGCAGAAAGGAAGCGAGUAUGUGCUGGUGAUGGAGAACAUCAAGGUCGCUGGAUAUGUGACCAAUGACAAGAGAAAAGGCCUUGACGUCGAACACGUCAUGAGGGCUGUUGAGGAAAUUGCAAAGCUCCAUGCAGUGUCUUACGCCUACAACAAGUCUCACAACUUCCUCGAAAAGUUCCCAUGUUACCAGUUCAAGGUGGAGGCGAUUAAUGUUAUCCCGGCAUUUCUGACCUGCAGCUUGAAGAAUUGCGUUGCCUAUCUGAAGACGGUGAAAGGCAAGGAAGAACUUGCACAGAAAGUUGAGAACUCAAAUGCCAUUUUCUCCAAGAAAUUUCACGCUCUUUUCGACGAUUUCGGAAACGAGUGCCUCUGCCAUGGGGAUUUCUGGAACUGCAACAUUAUGUACAAACACAAACAGCAUGAAGACGGCCAAGAACAGAUCCUUGAAGGACUCAAACUUAUCGACUGGGGGAACUCUGGAUGGAUAAAUCCCAUAUUCGACCUCCAGUACCUGCUUCACACCUCAACCACGCUAGAACUAAGGAAAACCCACAUCGACGACCUCCUGCAUAAGUACCACACCCUCUUUACGUCCCUCACCACUAAGCUUGGGGCACCCUUGCCCCACUACGACUACACCGCCUUCCGGGAAGACUGGGACCGUACAGCCAUCUAUGGGUUUACCUUGGGUAACAUGCUCAUCCAGGGAACCCUCAGCACAACGAACCCCGCAAAUAAACCUCGAGGACCCUCCAUUCUUGACCACGGUGCUUUCACGCCCAUUAGACUCAUAGUGAACGGCUUCAAGACGGGCAUGGCGAAACUCGUCGGACCAAUCAUCUCAGGGCCGAAUGGUGGCAAGUACAUGGAGAAAUUCUUGGGAGGAAUUCUGAAGCCCAUACAGAAGGAACUUUUAUCUGGAACGAAUGAAGUAAUGAAUACGAGGCUGCUUGAGAUCUUGUGUGAGGCAGAUGAGAAAGGUCUCUUUGACGAGUAACGGAUAUUGCGAAAGAAAACGAAAAUGUACAAAUGCUUGUCUGCUGAGAUAAUUGGAAGGAUAAAUACAUUUGUUCGAUAAAUUACCAUUGGGGUUGAUAUGACAAAGGCAUGAUUUAUGGACAUGUGUUUUUUUUCUGUAAUUUAAAUAAAUAGACUAACAACGGAAA